AUGGCCAGUGUAACAAACGUGACAUAUGAAGUAACAAGGGGAUCUAAAGUCGAAAGAGCUCUGCCUGAAACCACAUUGACAGCUCAUCCCUAUCAACGACCCGACGGUACUGGUUUCAGCAUUCAUUUCAGUCUUCCUACCGGUGUGGACCCCACCGUUGAGAAGGAUAUGCUUGAACUGGGUGAUCAUCUCGGUGAGAUAGCCAACAGGCAGGCGGUAUCAAAUGGGCAUUGUGACAUAGAUAUCUGGGCAUCGCUUGUUGCUCUUUCCCGGGAACCCGCGCUUUCCGACGACGAACGCUUCCAUUUCUACAGUAUAGCAAUGGGACAAUCGCUGACUGACCCAGCAAAGGUGUUGGAAGUAGAACGUAUCGAAGCCAGUCGUCCCAAUACCCUAGUCUUCAGCAUGUACUCUGUCGAUUCCUAUAUCAAGUUCAUUAGUGAGGUUGAAGAUUCAUCUUUGGAAAUGGUCCAGAAACUUUCAAGAAGCGCUCUUUCAGAACAUGUGAAGUCCUGGUAUGAGCCAAUCAGGCUUGAAAGGGGAGCAGAUGACGCCCUCAUCUUCUUGACCCAGUCCGCGGAACUGGAGAGUAGAAGAUUGAUCAGAGAGAAGGAUCUCAAGCUGCAGACAAAAAUUGUCUCUGUUGAAACCUUCCAAUCCACUUGUAGAACUUCAAGUGUCGUCAGAAUUGGCGUUCACUGGUCAGGAAUGUACGGCCAGAAAUGGUUCUAA